ACAGACGGACAUGGAUUCGUUCUUGAAUCAGACGUAUGGAUUAUAGACACAUGAUUCAAAGGAUGAGGAUGCUUGAGGCCGGCAGUUAGAGCACCCCAUACGAGAGACAGAGACGGAUCCAGGGCUGGGGCUGGACCCCGGGACCCCUGCCUGGGGGGGGAAGGGCCCUCACAGCCCUGUGUGAAUCUGGACCAUGGGGGAUAAAGGCGUCAACGGGGCAGGGAGAGAUGGGGUGGCUCAGUCCCAUGCCCUGUUUGACAACUUUGUCCAGGCAAGCACUUGUAAAGGCACGCUCAAGGCCUUCCAGGAGCUGUGUGACCACCUGGAGCUCAAGCCCAGCGAUUACAGGGUCUUCUACCACAAGCUUAAAACCAGACUCAACUAUUGGAAGGCCAAGGCACUCUGGGCAAAGCUGGACAAACGGGCCAGCCACAAGGAGUACAAGAAGGGCCGUGCAUGUGCCAACUCUAAGUGUCUAAUCAUCGGUGCAGGGCCAUGUGGCCUACGUACAGCCAUCGAGCUGGGGUUUCUUGGAGCCAAAGUGGUGCUGCUUGAGAAGAGAGAUGCCUUCUCUAGAAAUAACGUGCUUCAUCUCUGGCCCUUCACCAUUCAGGACCUCAGGGGUCUUGGAGCUAAAAAGUUUUAUGGGAAAUUCUGUGCUGGUGCGAUCGAUCAUAUCAGUAUUCGCCAGCUUCAGUUGAUGUUGCUCAAGGUGGCUCUCCUCCUGGGCAUCGAAAUCCACGUCAAUGUAGAGUUUAAGGGUCUAAUUGAGCCCCCUGAAGACCAGGAAAAUGAAAGGAUAGGCUGGAGGGCUGAGGUCCACCCCAGAACACACCCUGUCAAUGAGCUGGAGUUUGAUGUCAUCAUUGGGGCAGAUGGGAGGAGAAACACCCUACAAGGGUUCAGGCGUAAGGAAUUUCGGGGCAAGCUGGCCAUCGCCAUCACGGCCAAUUUCAUCAACAGGAACACAACAGCGGAGGCCAAGGUGGAGGAGAUCAGUGGGGUGGCCUUCAUCUUCAAUCAGAAGUUCUUCCAGGACCUCCGAGAAGCAACAGGAAUUGACCUGGAAAACAUUGUCUACUAUAAGGAUGACACGCACUACUUUGUGAUGACCGCCAAAAAACAGAGCCUGCUGGAGAAAGGAGUCAUUCUGCAUGACUAUGCCGACACAGAGAUGCUGCUUUCCAGGGCUAAUGUGGACCAGGCUGCCCUGCUGUCCUAUGCUUGCGAGGCAGCCGACUUCUCCACCAACCACCAGCUGCCUACAUUGGAUUUUGCCAUCAACCACUACGGCCAGCCUGACGUAGCCAUGUUUGACUUCACCUGCAUGUACGCCUCAGAGAACGCUGCUCUGGUGCGGCAACGCAACGGCCAUAAACUGCUGGUGGCACUGGUGGGAGACAGUCUGCUGGAGCCAUUCUGGCCCAUGGGCACCGGCAUUGCCCGAGGUUUCCUGGCAGCCUUGGACUCAGGCUGGAUGGUUCGGAGCUGGGCUCAGGGCAACACCCCACUGGAGGUACUGGCUGAGAGGGAGAGUAUAUACCGUCUGCUGCCCCAGACCACACCAGAGAACGUCAGCAAGAACUUUAGUCAGUACAGCGUGGAUCCCACAACCAGAUAUCCCAACAUAAGCCUUAACUUUCUCAGGCCCAACCAGGUACGGCACCUCGUUGACACAGGAGAGCCCAGGGAGAUGCGCCUUGAGAUUGAAAAUGUGAUCAACUCAUCAACACCCAAGUUGACCCGGAAUGAAUCGGUAGCUCGGUCCAGUAAACUGCUGAACUGGUGCCAGAGGCAGACAGAAGGAUAUAGGAAUGUUAAUGUAACGGAUCUGACUAUGUCUUGGAAGAGUGGUCUGGCCCUUUGUGCCCUCAUCCACCGAUAUAGGCCGGAUCUCAUUGACUUUGACUCUCUGGAUGAGCGGAAUCAAGAGAAGAACAACCAGUUGGCUUUCGACGUGGCAGAGAAGGAGUUUGGCAUCUCACCCUGCAUGACGGGCAAGGAGAUGUCUUCUGUGGUGGAGCCAGACAAACUGUCAAUGGUCAUGUACCUCAGCCAGUUCUAUGAGAUGUUCAAGGACACAGUGCCUCCUGGAGAUAACCUCAACUUGAGUCCCGAGGAAAAGGCAGCGCUGAUUGCUAGCACCAAAUCUCCGAUUUCCUUCUUCAGCAAGCUUGGCCAGAGUAUUGCUAUCUCCAGAAAACGCAACCCCAAGGACAAAAAAGAAAAGGAAGUUGACACUUUAGGGAAGAGGCGAAAAACCAGCCAGGCUGGCCAUUCUGAAGAUGAAGAGGUUUCUAGAACGAAUCGUGACGAUAGACCACCAGCCUCCACUGCCCUGUCGGAGAGAAAAAUGGACUCUGCCACAGUGGGUAACCACAACAAGGUCAAAGUCAUGGCCACCCAGCUGCUUGCCAAAUUUGAGGAGAAUGCUCCUGCCCAGUCCACAGGCCUCAAAAGACAGGGCUCUCUGAGAAAAGAGUUCCCCGCCAACAUCGGUGGGAGUGAUGUCUGCUUCUUCUGCCGGAAGCGCGUGUACGUUAUGGAGAGGCUGAGUGCUGAGGGGAAGUUCUUCCACCGCAGCUGCUUCAAGUGCGACUACUGUGGAACCACACUACGACUGUCCUCGUACGCCUUUGAUGUGGAGGACGGUAAAUUUUAUUGCAAGCCUCACUACUGUUACCGUCUGUCUGGCCAGGCUCAGAGGAAGAGACCUGCUCCUGCCUCGACUCCAAUCAGUGCUGAGGAGAACCAGGCAGCCCCACCCGCUGCAGUGACGGUGGAUGCCCCUGGAAGGGCAAUGGCAGCUGCAGCCCCCUCAACCGAGCGCCAGCCCUCAGCUCCCGAGGUCAAUGGGCUGCAGGAGGCCAGUCUACCCAAGCGGCUGCGGGGAACUCCGGAGCGCAUCGAGCUGGAGAACUACCGCCUCUCCCUGCAGAAGGAGGAGGAGUUGGAGGAGGUGCCAGAGGAGACGCUGGCAGAGCACAACCUCAGCAGUGUGCUGGACAAGGCGACCGACGCCGACCUGGGAUCCAGUAGCUCAGAGUCGGACAUGGAGGAGGAGGACGAGCAGGAGGAGCAGGAUCAGGAAGAGGUGGAGCAGCAGCCUCUCAGCCCCUCAGACCUCGGUGGGGUCCCCUGGAAGGAGGCCGUCGAACUUCACGCCAGGCUGAAGGGAGAGAGUGACCAAGGGGCCGAUGGCGAGGAUGAGGCUCUGGCCGACGCAGUCAGCCGAGAUUGGGAAGAUGAGGAGGAGGAAGUGGAGGAGGAAGAUGAGGGAGAAGAUGAAGAGUCGAGCGAUGCCAGGAACUUACAGAUCCAGCAAGUCCUGCAGCCCGUAGAUCCCCAGGCCAUACCGGGUCUGGUGAGAACACCCCUGGACUCUGAGGGGGACAAGGAGGGCCAAGCGGCCUCAACCUCCCAUAUCUCUCAACCCUCUGAGCUCACGCAGCCCUCCUCCACAGCCCCUGCCCACACCUCCAUCCGACAUGAGGCAGUGAGAGUCUGGUUGGAGUCCGUGUCUGGAGAACCCUGUGAGGAGGAGGAUCCAGAAGCAGAAGCAGGUAGUCCAGAUCUGGAACCUGGCACAGAGAUGGAUCAGGAUGACAUUCCUUCAGAUGCAGAAGCCGAGGCUCGCCUACACCAGUCAGAGCACCCUGAGAUACCUGCUGAGGAAGACAGGAAAUCAGAAAGUCCGGAAAUUGUCUCCAGCAUUGACCCAUCCACCAUCAGCCCUGUGCAGAAAGAUGAUGUAGUCCUUUCUCCAGUCAAACUCUCUCCAGAGCCUGAGAAACAGAUUAAUCAAAUGUUUCCUACCUGCUCAGUGAAAUCUCCUGGCACACGCUUUUUCCCAGAACCGUUUCUACCGAAUGAAGUCCAGCCUGAGAGAUCAACUCCAUCUCCAGUUGCGAGGAGCCCUCCAUAUCCUUCCACUCCUCCUGUCCAAGUACCCUCUCCUAUUCCCUCUCUGAAUCCCGCUACUGCUCCUGUCUCAUCUAUUCCCGAAUCCCCUCCCAAAUCACCCAUCAGCUCCCCUGUUAGGUCACCAGUCAGGUCACCAGUCAAUUCCCCAGUCAGGUCACCUGCCAGAUCACCUGUCAGUUCACCAAUUCGUUCCCAGCCAGUCCCAAUACCAGAGACUUGCACUCCUAUAUCUCCAGUCUACCCACAACGCUCCAUUUGCCCGCUAACGGGCAACCCACUCUCUCCCAUCUGUAGCCAACCCUUGCCUUGCCAUGAACCUUCCUCACCGCUCACAUCUGACUCCCCCGUCAGAACGCAACCUGUGCCCGCGGUCACCUCCACACCCAUUGCCAAAACCGACCGAAGCAUGCUUGAGCUCUCAAAGCCCACAGAGUCCUCCAUAGAGGAAAUACCAUCUAAAAAGACUGACAUUAUUGAAGAGUUUUGGCUGAAGAGUGCUGAGAUCCGAAAGAGCUUGGGUCUUUCUCCUCUCGAUCGCAGUAGUAAAAUCCUUGAGCGGAGUGUUAACAUUCUCACCCCAGACUCUGCCAACCCAAAGCCCAAGCCUCCAGGUCUUUCUGAGGAGGUGAAGCCUUUUACUGGACGCUCUGUCGUCCGCAGGAUCAACAUUACUCUUGAGGGUCAGGUUAUAACUCCCAUCACUCUCGUGGAUACUAAGAGCAAUGGCUCUGAUAAGAGGGAUCUGAGUAGCAGCUCCGGCUUGGGCCUCAAUGGGAGCAUGGCCACCAGCCAGGCAGCUAACAGUGACAGCUACAACACCUCUGACUCCACCAUGAUCACCCCUCCCUCCAGUCCACCACCACCAGUGCCUGCCAACCAGUCUCCGGCUGUGCACAGGCAACAGAGAUAUCAGGUGUCCUGGAGCAAUGGAGCAGAAAAGUCUGCCACUGAACCUGCCAAGGAGCCAGCACCUAUAACCGCCAAGACCCCUGUUCCCAAACCACGAAUGCAGCUGAGCCCUGUGUCGAUGUCGACGCCUGUCCGAAAGACUGUAACGGUCCCUCCACAACCCACAGAUCCAGGAAAAAUUCCAGUGGUGGUCAUGAGGGAGAAGAAAAAGCCUAGACGAGAGGAAGUGAGGAAGUCAUUUGUUGAGACUGUUGAAGAGAUCCCAUUUGCGGAUGAUGUGGAGGAAAGCUAUGACGAGCGGAUGCCUGAAGCGAGCAUGGACAGAUUCUAUACACCACCCACCAGCAAACCCAUCAGGGACAAACCUCCCCUCCAUCUGGCCCUGGCCAUGGAAAAUGGUAAACCCAACGUCCCUGUCAACCCAGCCUCUAAGCCUCAUAGGGUGACUCAGUUCUCCCCAGAGGCCAAGGAGAUUGCUGAAGAGAGAAUGAGGGCCAGAGAAAAGUCAGUAAAGAGCCAGGUGCUAAAAGACGCCAUGGCUAAGCAGCUGAACAAAAUGAAAGAAUCAGAUAUAGCCAAGGGUGCCUCGGCUAAAGUGGCCUGGAACAUAACCCCAGAGGCUGCUGGAAAGAGUAAGAAGUCAGCAGUUUCUCCAAAGACACCAGCCACCAAAGCCCAAGAGUCUAAGAAGGGGGAGACGCUCCCUGAUCGUUUCUUUAGUAGCAACAAGAGUCUGGACAGCUCUGUAGCCUCUUCUGAAAGCUCCUCUGGAGGAAAGAGCAAGAAGCGAAGCUCACUCUUCUCACCACGUAAGAACAAGAAGGAGAAGAAAGCUAAAAAUGACAGUAGCAGACUCUCUGGCGCAGAUGAAACACCACCAAAACACAAGUCGUUGUGGAAGGCUGUCUUCUCAGGGUACAAGAAAGACAAGAAGAAAAAGGAUGAUAAGUCUUGUCCUAGCACACCGUCUUCUACCUCCACUACUCAGGAUUCUGGGAAGAAGAGAAUGUCCCCUAUUGCGAAGGCCUCAGAUUUGAAAUCACGCAGAAACUUGAGCUUCUCUGAGGACUCCGACCUGUCCUGCGAUGAUGUUUUGGAGAGGUCCUCCCAAAGGUCUAAAGCUGAUCGCCACACGGACAUCUUUGACCUAGUGUCAGGUAUUCAGAGGGAGGCGAUAAAAGAGGAGAAACUGGAAAAGGAGACGAGGAGGGAGUUAAAGGAGAGAAAGAGGGCAAAAGAAAGACAAAAACAAAAAGAACAAGAAAGAAAUGCUGAUCGACAAAAAGAGAAAGCGGAAGAUGAGUCUGUUUAUGUCCCCCAUGCACUGGCGUUCAAGAGGUCAUAUGCUACAAAGAAAACUUAUACAGAAGAGGAGUUGAAUGCCAAAUUGACAAGAAAGGUUCAGAAAGCUGCCCGGCGACAGGCCAAGCAGGAGGAACUGAAAAGGUUGCAUCGAGCCCAGAUUAUCCAGAGGCAGUUGGAGCAGGUGGAGGAGAAGCAGAGACAGCUGGAGGAGAGGGGUGUGGCGGUGGAGAAAGCCCUGCGAGGGGAAGCAGACUAUUGGGGAGAUUCUAAUUACAGUGAAAUCCUGGACUUGCAUCUGGGCGGCAUGGGCAAGAAAGAUGAUCCCAAGUUAAUGCAAGAGUGGUUCAAACUGGUCCAAGAGAAGAACGCCCUGGUGCGCUACGAGUCGGAGCUCAUGAUAUUUGCCAGAGAGCUUGAACUAGAGGAUCGUCAGAGCCGGCUCCAGCAGGACCUUAGGGAACGCAUGGCGGUAGAAGACCACCUGAAGACUGAGAAGGAGCUGGCUCAGGAGAAGCAGAUCCUCAAUGAGAUGUUGGAGGUGGUGGAACAGCGCGACUCCCUGGUGGCCCUCCUGGAGGAACAGAGGCUCCGGGAGAAGGAGGAAGACAAGGACCUGGAGGCCGUCAUGCUCUCCAAGGGCUUCAACCUCAACUGGACAUAGGGGCAAUAAAAAAGGAAAAUCUCUUGUUCCCCCCCCCCGCCUUGCCUAAAAUCCCGGGACGAGGGAACGGAGUAAAUAUGUUUGUUUGUGUGCGCCCCCCCCCACAAGAGGGAAGUUCAGGUGUGGAGGGUUGUUCUGUCAGCCUGAAACUCCGUAAUGGACAGUCUACAAUUGGAAGGUUUUAGGAGGCAGAACUGUCUAUUGCCGCUGACAUUCUGUAAUGUAAACGGACACAGGCACUUGGUCCUACUGUCGCACCUUCAGCAGUGAAUGUGUAGUGUGUUUUCCCACUAUGGCUUUUACUGACAUUUCAGUUGAAGCAGUCUUAUAAUGACGUUUACAUAUCCUCUGCACAUAGGUAGGCCUGGUUGUUACUCUGCAGUCUUGCCCACCUCACUGUCUCCCUAAGGGUGGAGGGACUGGCACCAGGCAACUAGAAUUUCAAGGGAAACAAUCUCGAUUGUCAACAUUUCUCUCUAUUUAUAUAUGCCUGUUUUAGGAAUUACACUCAGUUAGCAGCCAAAAUAUUGAGCGGUAGGAAUGCCCUGAUACCGAUACUGCUAUCAGUAUAUGUCGGUAUACCCAAGACUAAAAUCUGAUACCAAAAGCCAUGAGUAACGUCAUAAAUAAAUGCAAAAUGGCUUAAUUUGCUGCAUUUUUGGCUCAUGGAAGCCUGUAUUUGGGCAGCACGGUGUCACAGUGGUUAGCACGGUCGCCUCACAGCAAGAAGGUCCUGGGUUCGAGCCCUGGGGUAGUUCAACCUUGGGGGACUUCCCGGGUCAUCCGCUGUGUGGAGUUUGCAUGUUGUCCCCGUGUCUGCGUGGGUUUCCUCCGGGUGCUCCGGUUUCCUCCCACAGUCCAAAGACAUGUAGGUCAGGUGAAUCGGCCAUACUAAAUUGUCCCUAGGUGUGAAUGUGUGUGUGUCAGCCCUGUGAUGACCUGGCAGCCUGUCCAGGGUGUCUCCCCGCCUGCUGCCCAAUGACUGCUGGGGUAGGCUCCACCAUCCCUGCGACCCUGAGAGCAGGAUAAGCGGUUUGGUUAAUGGAUGGAUGGAUGUAUGGAAGCCUGUAUUUCUUUAAUGGUGGAAAAAAAAAGAUUCUGUCUCAAAUGCUCUCCCAUUAACCCCAUGCUAAUGGUGUAAGUCUGCACUGUUCAGGAAAAGUAAUGGAUGGGAUCGGUACACUGUACUGACGGAUACUUAAAGAUUCAAACUCGGAAUCGGUGUCGGCAGUGAAAAACUGAUAUCGGUGCAUCCCUAUUGAGCAGUCUGCUGUGUGCAUCUCCAAAACGCCGCUGAAAUUGUCAGCCGGAGACGUCACUGGCGGACAAUUUGUGAAUAUGAAAACCUACCUCCUGGUUUGCUGAUAGGCUGAUAUCACUGCUACAAUAUAAAUCUGUAUGUAGCUUUAUUAUUCACAUUUUCCCAUACAAGGAAGCCUAUUAGCAAAGCAGGAAGUAAUUUUUCACAGUCAAGGAUUGUGUGCCAGUGACAUCACCAGUGGACCCAAUUGCGGUGUUUCAGAGACAUGCGGAAGACUACUUAGCUUUAUGCCUGCUAAUGGAGUGUUAUCCCUACAACACAUAUAUAGAAAUAUUUGGCGGCGCAGUGGUUAGCGCGGUCGCCUCACAGCAAGAACGUCCUGGGUUCGAGCCCCGGGGUAGUCCAACCUUUGGGGCCUCCCGGGUCAUCCUCUGUGUGGAGUUUGCAUGUUCUCCCUGUGUCUGUGUGGGUUUCCUCCCACAGUCCAAAGACAUGUAGGUCAGGUGAAUCGGCCGUACUAAAUUGUCCCUAGGUGUGUGUGUGUGUGUGUGUGUGUGUGUGUGUGUGUGUGUGUGUGUGUGUGUGUGUGUGUGUGUGUGUGUGUGUGUGUGUGUGUGUGUGUGUGUGUGUGUGUGUGUGUGUGUGUGUGUGUGUGUGUGUGUGUGUGUGUGUGAGAGAGAGAGGGCCUUGUGAUGGCCCGGUGGCCUGUCCAGGGUGUCUCCCCGCCUGCCGCCCAGUGACUGCUGGGAUAGGCUCCAACAUCCCCGGGACCCUGAGAGCAGGAUAAGCGGUUUGGACAAUGGAUGGAUGGACAUAUAUAAAACGCUAAUGCUGAUGAUCACGAUUGUCUCCACCUAAUUUUCACAACUAUAAAGAGCAUUCGCUAAAGCAGGGGAGUAGUGGGAGACUGUUUUAAGGAUUUUAAUAACUUUUAAUCUCAAUCAUUCGAAAGGGAAGAAUGCUUUUAGGUCCUGCUGAUGUAAAGGAAUUGUAAUGAUUGUCGUUUUUGUGAAUAUAUAUUUAGCACACAUGACCUUUUCAAGUAAAUAGGGGUGUUCUCAUCUUGUUGAAAGGACCGCUCACAAUGUGUGGUGUAAAUGCUGAGCAACGAGACAGACCAAAGUCUUCGCUUUCAAACUCGGUCUCCGUUGCAACUGACUUCUGACUGGGGGAGAGACAACUUGCUGCCAUUUCAUCCGCUCCCCAACCCGCUUCUCACACCUCGAGGAGCCGCAGGGAACAAGUUGAGAGGACCGGCUCCUCGCAAAGAGUCGACACUAAGAAUACGUUGGAUCUGGCAAUGUGGUUAUUAACAUAUAUUUAUUAGCUCUGAUUGUUUUAACAGAUCAACUUUUUUGUGUUUUUGUUUUUUAAAUACAUUUUCGUUUCAUAUCCUUCGCAUUCACAGGAGAGUGCCCCGGAAUCUCGACAAUUUGCACUUGUUCAUUCUUUUUUUUUGCGUAUUCCAGCAACCACGAACCACGGCAUGCCGGGAAUGGAGCCUGCAGGCACGUCAGGGAAAGUGCAUCCAUGUCGUCUUUUAUGCUGAAAAGUGGACUAGCGAGCAUGGUUAAAGGACGAAGAAACAAAAACCCAGAAUACACAGAAUAUCGCCACGGUAUAUGGACACUUCAGUACCCCGCUAGAGAUGUGUACGGGUCUGGCUGUGUGGAGAUGGGCCGCCGCUCACUCUUCAUCAUACUGACGGCUUUGUUUACAAUCACUUGUCCAUAUCUAACCGUGGAUGCUCCGGGAGUCCUAGCGUGGUCAUGGAUGGCGAGCUUUAACCAGCUAUUAAAACAAGUAAUCUGAGGAGGAACUGGUCUUCUGUGAGGUUGAGAUGAGUCCCCCGCCGUGUAAUUAUGUCAGCGUUUUGAAGUUCUCCUUAAUGAAGCUGAUGUGGGGGGGGGGGUUUACGGCAGGUCGGCGUAACGCGGCGCUCGCCCUCGUGCCUCAGGAUCGUCUCCGGUGGACACGCUGCAGUAUCAAAGGAAGAAACCACACCAACUCGCAUGCUUUCACUAUAUGGCAGUGUUAUACUUUGCGUUUUAUUUUUUAUUUUUUUGCCCUCGAACAAGAUGCCUUUCUCGUUUCUCUCUCAAUUUACGGUUUUCGGAUAUAUUUUUUUCUUUCUCCUGGAGUUUACUUUUUAGAGGCUUUUGAGGAAUUUGCACGUUUGUGUAUCCCAGUUGAAGUCAGCUUUUUUUUAAAUAUACUUUUAUACAACAUGUUUUAAAAAAAACAACAGCAGAUUUUAAGUGUAGAACCGAGGAAAAUGCAAAAUGCCCCGUGAACAACUUGCAAUGACCUCCAACGGGAACGUGUAGUUUCUGUCGGGUGUUUGAACCCCAUAGCCUUCCUGCAGACAGUAAAAAUCUUGAGUUGUCACUUUUUCUUUUUUUUUUUUUCUGUGAGGAGUUUUAAGACGAGGGGCUGUAUUUAUGAUAUCGAAUGAGCUGUGAAUAGAAGAGUUACAACAUUUUCAAGGCUUGCUGUUUUAGAUGGUGCGUGACAAGUGAGAUAAGUGACAGGAUUGUAUUGAUAUUUAUUAACAUGUGUGCAAACUGUAUUAUAUGUAAAGUAAAGGAAUCCUAAUUUUUAAACCGUUAUGUUGACACAACUUGUAAUGAAAAAAUGCUUCAUGUAGCUAAAAUACCUAGGGUGUUGGAUGUAUGCUGAAAUGGCAAUAAAACAAUGCAGUUGUUC